AUGGAUUCACCAAUGAUGCAUGCAGCAAGCUACUAUGCCCAGCCGAGCUUGAUUGGAGCAACCCCAUAUAAGUUGUGCACUUUGAUUUUUAAGAACAAACACUCACUAUGCACUAGCAUAAGGGCUGGGAUUCGGGAUCGCUUGGAGGGCCAUAUUGUGACUGAACUCUCUUUUCUGGCUUUCUUGUAUAAUAAGUACACUACCAAUCUGGAUGACCUAGAGGAAGGUCUUUUCAAAGGCAAAGUUCUUCUUCAGGUGUACAAAGCCAUGUUUACAUCACCUUCCUCAGCAAAGGAUGUUGAAGGGGAUGGUGAUGGUAUAGAUGUCAUCCAGAAUAAUAGACAUGCCAAGAGGUCUGCCUUUGGAGUCAAAGUCAAGAAGCAUGUUGUGCAGAUCAUCAAGAUGAGAAAAGUUACUCUGCACUCGAUCACAUACAUUGCUUGUCAAGUUCAAUUUGCGCUUUCGUCUAUCACAUUGUGGUGCUCUGUUGAUGGUGACUUUGAUUAUGAACAAUUCUGGCAGAUCAUCAUAGACUUCUUUGAAAGGGCUCCUGGUCGAGCAGCACAGCGUAGAGUCAAUGUUCUUCUUGAAUGGUGGACUAGAAAGGUUUUUGGACAGAAUGACUGCAAUAACCUCACCAACAUGGCAAAGGCCAACAUGUCUGUCAAUGCUCUUGCAAGGCAGAGGGAAUAA